AACUUCACUUUAUUAUGUUAUUGAGAUGUGAAAUGAAAAAAAGCAACGAAAAAACAAAGAAUACCACACAAAAACAAAGAAAACAAAUACCAAAAUAUAAAGAAAAAAUUCAAGACGAAAAUAUUCGAUAAGAAUUAAUGUGCAAUUACACGGAAAAUAAACGAAAAAUUAGAGCAAAUAAACAAAAAAGAAGAAAAACAACAAUUGCUUUGGAGGAGAUAAUAAAAAGGCAGGAGGAGACAAACAAAAGGCGAAUUGAACAAUAACAAGUGGAAAAAAAUAUUUAAAAGUGAAAUCGAUCAAAUCAUUAUUGUAUGACUGUGUCGUCGCAGUAAUUGCUUAAUGUGAACAGCGGAUACUUUAACAUCAAAGCUUUUUACAGACUUGACUUGUCCAUAAAGAUUUAAAAAAAUCAACUAUUAGCCAUUUCAAAUCAAAAACAAAAAUUGAGGAGUACUAAAUACCUGUCUAUGACCAUGACACCAGCCAUUGACAAAAUUCCCUUAAAGCAGGCGGAAAUCGCUGUGCGAAGAUUUAAUGACAUGGCCAUUCCUCACCAUUUGGGCCUGCUGAAAAACCAUCACAGCAACAUUGAGAAGAGCCUGGCCUUGGGCGAUUGGAACAAAAUCAAAAAAGAAGAAAUCAAUGCCAUGCGGGUAAUAAAACAAAUUAAAAAUCUCCUACUCGAAAUGGAUGCGCUGAGAGAAAAGGUGAGGGAUGAUGAUUUGGAACGUUUCGAUGCCAUGAUGGAGGAGGGGAAACAAAAGGCAUUCGAUGGCAUGAAAGAAUAUUUGGAAUUACAGCUGAAAUCUCCUACAAACACAUUACGCUCCCAAGGUCCCUACGAAGAAGACGAUGUGGAACAACAUUUAAAUGACACCGUUGAAAUAGGCCAAACCCAGGCGUAUCAUCAAACACUACCGGAAAUACGCACUAAUUUCUCGCAAGAGGAACACAUUUUAGCACAACGACAAUCCUGUUUUGAGGAAUUGCAGAAUUUACAAGAAGAAAUACGAGAUUUAAAUGGCAUGUUUCAUAAUAUGGGUGAACUAGUUCACCAGCAAGCCGAAAGUGUGCAAGCAAUAGCAGAUAAUGCCGAAGAAGCUCUAGAAAAUGUCCAGGCCGGAGAGAGUGCAUUACGCAAAGUAUUGUCCUACAAGAAGGCAAUGUACCCUGUAAUGGGAGCCCUGUUGGGUACUUGUGUUGGUGGCCCAAUUGGUUUGGUGGCAGGCCUUAAGGCUGGCGGUUUGGCUGCUGUGGGAUGUGGUAUUUUAGGUUUUACAGGCGGCAGUGUUUUGAAAAGUAAUCCCGCCAUACUACAGGGUAACAUUGAAGAAGAACAGCAGGCAACAUUGGAGAAUUCCGAACAAACACAGGAAGAAAUUGAAAUGACCAAAAAGGAAGACUGACAAAUGGAGAAUUAUCAUCAUCAACCAAUGACAGUGUGGUCGGCAGCAACGCGUCAGCUAAUGAAUUUUCAGGGAACGACUGCAAAUCGUUUGGACCCAGUGGCUCAGGCCACCACCGGUGUAUUGUGCAGUGUUAAAUCUUAUUGUAGCCUACAGUAGAUCAAAUAACCAUGCCGUGUUUGCAAUUUCUACUAUGGAACUAAUGUUUUUUUUUUUACAAAUAAUUUUUGAUAUUAGCCUCCUAAGUCAUAUUUAUUAUAUUACAAACAUACAAAAAAAAACAAUCGAGUUACAUACAUAAAAAGCAAACGUAUAUUACAAUGUUCGCUUAUUUUAAAUCUACAAAGGUAGGGAACUGAAAUACAAUACCUUUUCCAGAAGAGGAGUAGUUAAAAUCCAACCAACCCUGUAGUAGACAUUUGUUGUUAUUGCAGUUGCAAUUGAAUAAAUAGAUUAGUCAUACAUUAAAACUAGACAAAGACAUAUUUGUCUUUUAUAAAGUUACCUAGCAAUGUUCAUAUUUACAGAUUAUGUUUAUAAUAGCGCGAGUGAACAAUUUGCAAACUAAGCUUACAUGAUAAAAGCAUUUUAUGUACAAGCUUUUUAAGUUGUUUCCACUUUUGUGUAUAUUUUAUCCCCCCGCUGUGUAUAUUGUCAAUCAAUUCCAUGUUGUAAAGUUUUAAUAAAUAUUUGUUAGAAUGUGUGUAUCCACCAUUGCUCCCUUUUAAUAGCAAUUAA